AUCUUGUUGUGAAUGAUGCCUCCCCCUCCCCCUCCUGCCGUCUCCAUGGUAACAGCAGCAGGGUGGUUUAUGGGCUGGAGGCUGCAGCGCAGUGGAGCAAAGGUAAAUCAGUCACAUGACCGAACAGCCUCCUCCUCCUCCUCCUCAGCAGAGCUUCGCUUUGUUUGCAUCAUCCUCCUCCUCUUCAUCCUCCUCCUCCUCCUCUGCCUCCGUCCCAGUCAUGCCAUGGAUACUCUGUGGCAGUACCAGUUCCGCAUCAUCCUGCUGGGGGACUCCACUGUGGGAAAGUCGUCGCUGCUGAAGCGUUUCACGGACGGGAUUUACAGCGACGUGGCGGAUCCCACCGUGGGCGUGGAUUUCUAUGCCCGCUCGCUGGACAUCGAGUCCGGAGUGAAAAUCAAGCUGCAGCUGUGGGACACGGCCGGACAGGAGCGGUUCAGGUCCAUCACCACAUCUUACUACCGUAACUCUGUUGGGGGACUGCUAGUCUUUGACCUCACUAACCGCAAGACCUUUGACCACGUCAAAGAAUGGCAUAAGGAGGUGAGUGAGCACAUCCUGCCUCACCACAUGGUCUAUAUCCUCAUCGGCCACAAGAGCGACCUCCAGAAGGACCGCAAGGUGAGCCGGGAUGAGGCGGAGCAGCUGGCUGCUGAGCUGGGGAUCCGCUACAUCGAGACGUCGGCUAAAUGCAACAGCAACGUGGACCGCGCCUUUGAGCUGCUGACCAGAGAUAUCUACGAGCUCAUGAAGAUGGGCGAGAUUGUUACCCGGGAUGGUUGGGAUGGUGUGAAAAGUGGCCUCACUGCUAAGGUCCUCUACCCUGGUGAUGAAGAAGAGGAACUCACCACUGCUUCGGCUGAGAAGGGCUGCCAUUGCUAACUCUAUAAACUCUCCCUACUGAGGGACCCCCCCCCCACCAUGUCACAGCUGUCCGUGAUAACCUGCACCCUGUGGUCGCUCUUCUUUUCCUCCUUUGCAGAUUGUGCACUUGUCAGUCUCAUUGCAGGUGGGAUCUAAUAAUCCAUGCAGUGAAGCAGCUAAACCCAAGGUUAAACAAACAGAAACCACUCCUUUGCUCUCUCACUGCAGAAGCAAAUGAACAUUUGCCAUCUGGUGAUGAUGAAAUACCCCCACUGCAACAUGGUCCAUUCCCUCCUAUUGGUGUUAGCACUGAUGCCAGACCGCUUCAGAACUUUAACUGGUUUAUAAAUACUGUCAGAAACAGAGAAUAUCUGUAGUUAAGAUGUUUAGAUAGAGACCAUUGUUCCAACGAUUAGUGGUUCCAGUUCAGUUACCUGUAAAUAACAUUAGUUACAAAAUGUGCACUAAAGGUGUUGAUGUCUCCACUAUAAUUAUUUGACAAGGUGAAAAGAAAAAAACUUGAUUCCAAUCUGCAGCUUUUUGUUGCUUCCUCAACCAUUUGUUGAUUUAAUGGAUGUUUGUAAAACUGUCACACAAACACCUUAGAUAUUUAAACCACUGCUAUACUUUGAAAGAUGCUUUUAAUAAGCUGGACGGUUGACUGAGGAACUUUGGUCCGUUAUUGUUGUCCUGACUCACUGUAUUUAAGGCUCUGAUGUACCGUGGCAAAAACUGUUUAGUGACAUCAUGCAAUAUGUUGGUUUAAUGACAUCAUGUUUGCAAUCAUCUUCAUUUCAUAGAAAUGCAGCAGCCUGAAAUCUGAUCUCACAGCAAACCAAACCGUUACCGAUUCCUCUACAAAGCUAGCAUCACAGUCUGUAAAACGCUAAAUAGAUGAGCUAAUUAGUAUAAUGUUAAAUGCUAAAACACCUGUUCACCAUCAGGCCGGAAAAGAACCUAGUUUUAUUUGCUGUGACCACAGAAUAACUGAAAAUAGAUGGCUAAUAAACAACCGGCAUUCAGUGAGAUCCUGAUGGCCGGAACGUUUAGUUCACUUAAUCCACCAGUUUAAUUAGUUUAGCUAUUAGCUGAUUCAUUACAGCUUUCAAUGGGUUUUUAUACAAGUAUGAAGCAUACGCAGCAUUGCAGAGAUCAAGAGUGAUGAGUUUAAUGGUUGUGUUUUUGGACUGUGGGAAAGAACCAGGGUACCAGGAGAGAACAAGGGUAUAUGGAGAGAACAAUGUUACCAGGAGAGAACAAGGGUACCAGGAGAGAACAAUGGUACCAGGAGGGAACCAGGGUACCAGGAGAGAACAAUUGUACCAGGAGAGAACCAGGGUACCAGGAGAGAACAAGGGUACCAGGAAAGAACCAGGGUACCAGGAGAGAACAAGGGUACCAGGAGAGAACAAGGGUACCAGUAGAGAACAAGGGUACCAGGAGGGAACCAGGGUACCAGGAGAGAACAAUGGUACCAGGAGAGAACCAGGGUACCAGGAGAGAACAAGGGUACCAGGAGAGAACAAGGGUACCAGGAGGGAACCAGGGUACCAGGAGAGAACAAUGGUACCAGGAGAGAACCAGGGUACCAGGAGAGAACAAGGGUACCAGGAGGGAACCAGGGUACCAGGAGAGAACAAGGGUACCAGGAGAGAACCAGGGUACCAGGAGGGAACCAGUGUACCAGGAGAGAACAAGGGUACCAGGAGAGAACAAGGGUACCAGUAGAGAACCAGGGUACCAGGAGAGAACAAGGGUACCAGGAGAGAACCAGGGUACCAGGAGAGAACCAGGGUACCAGGAGAGAACCAGGGUACCAGGAGAGAACAAGGGUACCAGGAGAGAACCAGGGUACCAGGAGAGAACCAGGGUACCAGGAGAGAACCAGGGUACCAGGAGAGAACAAGGGUACCAGGAGAGAACCGGGGUACCAGGAGAGAAAUGUUGGGUGGGUGUCUUUUCAGCGGGAGCCUCGAUUCUGGACUGAAUAAAUGAACAUUUCUACUGAAAAGUGCAACUAUCAGAAUAACAUCCUGCUGAAAAAUUAGAAAAUCACAUCAUAACUGCAAUGGAGCCUCUCUCCACGCAGGAACGAUGAUGAUAAGUGUGACUAAAAAAAAAGUUUCAGGGAAGAUGGAACUACUUUAACUGGAGAAAUGCAUUUCUUUUAGCAUAAGUUUACUGUCCUCUAAUAUGCUGGAUUAAACAAUAAAAUGUACUUUGCCAUUCAUCUGUCUUCCUCUCCUACUCAGUUUUUACCAGCAUCUCAUCACUCAUCACCAACCCCACAUUCAUCCAGGUUAUAGAGAUUAAUACAGAUUAAUGCAGGAUUAUGAACCUGCAUUAUGUCUGCAAUAAAGAGUUGCACAGAUUAUUAGAUUAAUUCAUCCCACGACUGAACUACAGGGGAAGCUUUUAUUCUUUGCUCUCACGGUCAGAUUUACUUUAACUUACAUUUUUAAUCAUGUGAAGUAUUUAAUAUGUCUUCAGUGCAGGGAAAGUCUUUAUUUUAGCGGUGCUCUGCUUUGAAAUGAAAGAAAUGUAUCUGACUAAGUUCCAGUCUUUUCCACCCAUCUGUCUCCAACGUUUUAGUCAAAGAUGGCCGACUUGUUUAGUUGGAAAAAUAAAGAUGAUUUAAACAUU